AUGUUGACUGGGAAGCCUCUCAAUGUGCAACCUAACUUUGCUCAGCUAGUGCUACUCUACUCUUUCUUUUGGCCUGAUCUCGUAAAGAAAGGAAGGCUCAUGAAUGACCAAUCCCGGGAGGAAGACCAUUAUUCUGCUUCUGUUGAGGUCGAAACAAGGGAUCAUAUCAACCUAUUGAAUCUAGUAUUUAUGAAGCAUUUCCAGUCAAAGAGGGGAAUAGAUCUCAAUCGAGAGGGUGAGCUGCGGGCUCAUGCCACUCACCUUCACCAAAUGAAGAAAAGACGGGUUCUAGGGGUCCUUCUCAGGCAUGUGAUUCAGGCUCGUCAGGUCAGGUGGUGGGACAUGAAAAAGUAUAGAGCAGGGAGCCCAGGAAGAGGAGCUGCAAGAGAGACAAAGGCUUUCCAGUCCUUUCCUUUGACAGCGACUUAG